UCCAAAUCAAAUUGGAUGAGUGAUCCAAAUGCUCCAAUGUAUUACAAAGGUAUCUACCACAUUUUCUACCAAUACAAUCCCAAAGGUGCUGUUUGGGGAAAUAUUGUUUGGGCUCAUGCUGUCUCCAAAGAUCUUAUCAGUUGGAAGAUUUUGAAAAAACCUGCAAUUUUUCCAUCCAAGUCAUUUGACAAAUACGGUACAUGGUCCGGGUCAGGCACCAUUGGACCCGAUAACAAACCUAUAAUCUUCUACACCGGUGUCAUUGACACAAAGCAAACCCAAGUUCAAGCCUACGCGGUUCCCAAGGACCUCUCGGAUCCUUACCUGAGUACAUGGGUUAGACCCGAGAGGGGAAACCCAAUAGCAAUGGUCUCGGACGAUCUAGGCGUUAACAAGACUGCCUAUCGUGAUCCAUCGACUGCAUGGUUAGGUCGUGACGGGCAAUGGCGUAUGCUCGUGGGUUCGAGGUGGAAUAAAAAAGGGUUUGCGGUUUUAUAUAGGAGUAAGGAUUUCAAGAAAUGGGUUCAAGCCAAAAGAUUUUUUCAUUUCAAUUCUAAGUUGGGGAUGUUUGAAUGCCCUGACUUUUACCCGGUUUCUAUAAGUCAUAAAAACGGGUUGGAUAAUUCGGUUACUAACCAACCUGUGAAAUAUGUGUUCAAGGUGAGCCUUGACUUGGAAAGGUAUGAUUAUUACACACUUGGCAGUUACAACUUAAGGAAGGAUAUAUAUGUCCCGGAUAAAUCAUCCAUUGAAGGAUUUAAAGCAUUGAGAUAUGAUUAUGGAAACUUCUAUGCUUCAAAAUCAUUCUUUGAUCCGUCAAAGAACCGUAGGAUCGUGUGGGGAUGGGCUAAUGAAUCGGAUUCAAGUGCCGACGAUGUUUCAAAGGGAUGGUCUGGUAUCUAUGCAAUCCCGCGAAAGGUGUGGCUUGACAUGCCGAGUGGGAAACAAUUGAUGCAAUGGCCGGUCGAAGAGUUGGAGACCCUAAGAGGAAGAAAAGUGGAGAUGAGUUAUCAACACGUGAACAAGGGAGAACAUAUUGAGAUCAAAGGAGUGACAGCUGCACAAGCCGAUGUUGAGGUUAAGUUUUCAUUUUCAAGCUUGGAAAAGGCGGAUAAGUUUGAUCCAAAGUGGGAUAAAUGGGAUGCUGAAGGACUUUGUAAGCACUUAGGCAUAAACAACCAUGGAGGGAUUGGGCCAUUUGGGUUAUUGACUCUUGCUUCAUCAAAACUAGAGGAGUUCACUCCAGUCUUCUUUAGAAUCUUCAAAACUCAUGGCAAUAAGCAUAAGGUCCUCAUGUGCUCUGAUGCUAGAAGUUCGUCAUUGAGACAAGGAGAUGAAUUGUACAAACCAGCAUUUGGAGGGUUUGUCAAUGUUGACAUGAUCAAUAAUGAGAUUUCUCUUAGGAGUUUGAUUGACAACUCGAUGAUAGAAAGUUUUGGAGCUGGAGGAAGAACAUGCAUUGUAUCUAGGGUCUAUCCAACUCUUGCUGUGAAGAGAAAUGCCCACUUGUAUGUAUUCAACUAUGGAUCUGAGCCUCUCAUCAUCAAGUCUUUGAAUGCUUGGAGCAUGAAAGCUGCCAAACCGAUGAUGUAA